GCUGAGAGUAUUAGCUUAUAAUACUUAUCUACAGUUCUCUGGAUUAGUUGGUGCAUACAAGAAUGUGCGGGGUGAGUUUAUCUCGAUUAGUGAAAGUAUUUUCUCAUAUUAUUGCAGAAUUAAAUGGCAGAUUCUUCGGUGGAAGUCAAGUAAAGGCGAGAUAUUAUCCAGAUAAUGCAUUUGACAGGGGUAACUAUGAUUUGUAAUACUAGCGAAAAUGUAAAUUAGGAAUUUUAACUGUUGUAUUUGUGUCCAACACCUCUUUGUAAAUCAUCGAGGAUUUUCUUGUCUAUUUCAGCAGCAGCUUCACUAUUCAUAUUACUAUUCCUAGACUUAUUUAUUAUUUCCAAAAUAAACCGGCUGAUAUUAUUCUCUCCAAUUUCAACAAUUGCGCGACUGCCCCAGCUAUAUUCAUAAUCGUGAUUACCAACAUUUGAUUUCUUCUUUUCAAGGUAAUUCUGCCGAGAUAGAGUUGAAAGGAAGUUGUCGAGGAGUACUCUGCCUUCACCUGGCAAUGGUUGAUCUUUUGAAAUGCCAAGUUUCUUCAGAUUGGAAGUCAGUUGAACAUCUGAAACUAUGCCACCAUUUCCAUAAAUAAUUGCUAAUAUAGAGUGUAAAAUGCCAAUGUGGCUGAUGUUUUCAUGUCUACUAAAAGCUUCUGACUGAUUAUUCGGUUGUUCUGCUGUAUUUAUUAGCGCGUAAGCUCGUGUUCCAGUUUUAGGAGGUAUAUCUUCUAAUUUUGCGCUUUCUUUAGGUGGUAAUUCCCUCAACUCGUAACCAAAUGUUGAUCGUAGUAUAUCAUUGGCACCAUCGAUAGCAGCUAAUAAUUCAUCUUUACCUGAAAUGUUACACUUCUUCGUUAUCUCAUCCUUCCUCAGGGCUGUUCUUCUACCUUCUGCUGAUAAAGCCAGACGAACGAGAGAUGACUGCUGUUUUUUAUAUUUACGAUUUGUUAUAUUAUCAGAAUAAUUAUCCAUUCUGACAUCUUCUUCGCUAUCAGACAUAUUGAGUGUAUAUAAAGAAGAUAGUAUGAUAGUAUCUUAUUGAAUAAAGAUCAUUCUAUUCCUUGAAAAUUAGCAUUUCAAAGGAUCCAGAUUAUCAGCUUAGUAAUCCACCACCAAGACAGAAAAAUGCCAUCAUUAUCAGAAAGUGCAGCUGCAGUAAUGCCAUCAAUACAAGAGAAGCUUGCUAUUAUUAGCGGCCCAUUCAAUGUACUCGCAAAGGUCGUAGUAGAACAAGGACACGCUGACGAAGUUGAAGCACUGUUGAAAGAAGUCGCUGAACUCGCUAGAAGCGAUAAAGAACCAGAAACUUUGACUUACCGUAUCUCAAGAGGUAUCAAGGCUGAUGAUCACACUUUCAUUGUUUACGAAGAAUACACAGGUCCAGUAGGAUUAGGUGUACACACUUCUUCACCACAGUUUCAAAAAUUGGCUGCAUACCCACAUGUCGUCAAGGCUGAUUUGGAAGUUUACAAGGAAUUUUAAAUCAAAUAUUAUGUAUCAGUAAUAUAGUUUCAUUUUAGAUACUCUAAAC